AAAGAAGGACAAGUUAAACUGAAAGAUUAAACAGUGAUUCUCCGGACCGACCCGCAUUUUCUCCGAUGCGAGAGCUUUCCCGCCAAAUCAAUGAAGCGUCAACGCCAAUCUUCUUAGCUCCGUCGUCGCCAUGACCACUUCUCCUCGUACCUCCACUCCAUCGCUCUCCCUCGUCUUCAUCUUCAUCUCCAUCUUUGUCUCGAUCUCCAUCUCUCUCCUCCAUUUCAAGACCCAAAUUUCCCCAACCCUAGACCUAAACCGUGGUACCCUAAAUUCCUCGCAUCCUCAAACCAACCGCCAAAACUACGUCGUUCGAUUUUCCGAAUACAAAAGGGCGGAAGAGCACCGUGAGUAUUUGAAAUUGAGUGUUCGAUCCGACGGAUGGGAUUGGAUCGAGAGGAACAACCCGGCCAAGAAGUACCCUACAGAUUUUGGAUUGGUUUGGAUUGAAGACUCGGCGAAAGAAAUAGUAGUUUCGGAAAUUGGGAAGUUGGGGCUGGUGAAGGAUGUCAAUGCGGAUAUGAGGUAUGGGAGGGGUUUGCUUGCAGAGGGAAAAAGAGACAAAGUUGGGGCUUUUGUCAAUGGAAAGAAGCGGCCGGGGAAAAUUUUAACGGCGAUGUCCUUUAGCGAAGCCGGCGGCGAUACACAUUUUACGGCCACAAGUAAUUAUUCGAUUAGGUGGAGAAGGCAGCUAAUGGCUCAGGUGGGUUUUGGUGCAUUUGUAUGAAACCAAAAGAACUUCCUGCGCAAUUCAUGCGUUUCUGUUUUUAUGACCAGAAAUUGUUUCUUGAUUUCC